UCACCAACUGUGAUCGGAGCGAUGGCGGGCGAGAGGAAGAGGGUGCUGGUGGUGGGGGGAAGCGGCUACCUCGGCCAGCACCUCCUCGCCGCGCUCGCCUCCGCCGGCGACGUCGACGUGGCCUUCACCCACCACCGGGAUGCCGCGCCGUUGCAGCUCCUCGAAGCGCUCCCGGGCGUCCGUGCCUUCCGCGUCGACCUCCGCUCCGGCGACGGGCUCGAGGCCGUCUCCGCGUCCUUCGGCCAGCCACAUGUAAUCGUGAACUGUGCUGCGAUCUCAGUUCCCCGGGCAUGCGAAACGGACCCAGCUGCUGCUAUGGCUACUAAUGUACCUUCUUCACUCGUCAAUUGGUCACUAAGCUUUGGCAACGACAAGUCUCUUUUGAUUCAUCUCUCAACAGAUCAAGUUUAUGAGGGGGUGAAAUCCUUCUACAAGGAGGAGGAUGAGACGCUACCAGUGAACAUGUAUGGAAAAUCAAAAGUUGCUGCAGAGAAAUUCAUUACAGAGAAAUGCUCAAACUAUGCGAUCUUAAGAAGCAGCAUUAUUUAUGGGCCACAAACAAUCUCUCCUGUGGAUAAGUCUCUCCCUAUUCAGUGGAUGAAUGAUGUCCUUUCACAAGGCCAAGAAGUUAAUUUCUUUAAUGAUGAGUACCGCUGCCCAGUUUAUGUAAAAGAUAUGGUGGAUGUGAUUUUGUCAUUAGCAAAAAGUUGGUUAUCAGAUGGCAAAAAAAUUCAGGUCCUUCUGAAUAUUGGUGGACCAGAUAGGGUUUCAAGACUGCAGAUGGCUGAGUCUGUUGCUAAUGUUCGUGGAUAUAGCCACUCUACAAUCAAAUCUGUUCCUGCAUCAUCGGUUAAUCGUGGUGUAGCUUCUCCGCCCGACAUAUCUAUGGAUAUCACCAAGCUAACUCAGAUGCUUGGUAUCCAGCCAAUUACAUUUCAUGAUGGAGUCCGAGCUACACUUGACGCAGAAGCCAGUACAUUAUAGUACUGUAUGAAUUGUUUGUUCAAUUUACUAAAAGAAUCAAUUGAAUCAAAAUAUUGAAGUGUGACACAAACAACCUGCUUUUUUUUACCUGACAAAGGGCCCGUCUUAUUUUGCCGAAAUUGUAGUUUUGUGAAACUUGUAACUUUGUUAUCAUUUGGUUUUAGCGUUUAUAUGUACCAUUCCAAUAAAAUGGCAUUCAUGUAUGUUUUUCAGAAGUUUGUAAUUCUUGUUGUACCACAUAUACUGUGACCAUAUAUCACUAAGGAAGAAUUUUUACUCGUAAAAGUAUAUCUGAAAAUUUAAGCAAGA